AUGAACGACACACAAUUAAGACGCUCUCAGAGCCCGGCCCUCAAUGAGAAGCCGCCAGAGGCAAUCGAGUCCACAGACGACGGAGGACCAGAGUACGAGCGUACGAUCCAUGGUGUCAAGUGGGUCAUGACUGUCGCAGCCGUUCUCUCCUGCGUCUUCCUCUUCGCUCUCGAUACUACCGUCGUGGCAGACAUACAGCCCAACGUCAUUGCAUCUCUCGGAGAAUUUGAAAAGUACCCAUGGCUUGCCACCGCCUACGCCCUCCCAGCCACUGCUUUUGCCCUCAUUCAGUCCAAGAUGUAUGGAGCUUUCGACAUUAAAUGGCUCUACUUCGGUUACGUCGUCUGCUUUGAGGUCGGCAGUGCCAUUUCCGCUGCCGCUCCAAGCAUGAACUCUCUCAUCGUUGGGCGCAUGAUUGCUGGUAUUGGCGGCUGCGGCAUCUACGUCGGCUCCUUAACUUUCUUCAGCGUCGUGACUACGACCAAGGAGCGCCCUCUUUACAUUUCUCUCAUCUCGCCAACUUGGGGAAUUGGAACUGCCCUGGGCCCAAUAGUCGGUGGAGGAUUUGCUGAAAGUAGUCUCGGAUGGCGAUGGGGAUUUUACAUCAACCUCUUGAUCUUCGCACUGGCCGGACCUGUUCUGGUCUUUAUCUUGCCGUCCAUCGAUUUCGCAAAGGGCAAGUCCGCCAAAGAGAGGCUGGGCCAGGUUGACUGGCUUGGACUACUUGUAUGGACAGGCUGGUGCGUCUCCUUCUUCAUGGCCAUCACCUAUGGAGGAACCCUUUUCGAAUGGGAUUCUUACAGCAUGAUCAUCCUCUGGGUUUUUGUCGGCGUUCUCGCAAUCGUUUUCUACCUGACCCACAGGUUCCACCCCUUCAUCGAUGUGGAAAACCGACUCUACCCUAGCCACCUACUCCGCAACUUCAAGCUGGGCAUUCUGCAGUACGCCACUUUCGCUGCUGCUGCGGCUGUAUACAUCCCCAUCUACUACAUCCCGCUCUUCUUCCAGUUUGCCAAGGGCGAGUCUCCCGUCAACGCUGCUGUCAAACUCCUUCCUUUCGUCUUCAUGGUCUCCUUCACGGCCAUUAUGAAUGGUUUCUUCAUGUCGAGGUGGGGCUACUACAUGCCUUGGUUCCUCGUUGGUUCCCUUCUGGCCGUUGUUGGAGGUGCACUCAUGUACACGGUCGAAGUUAGCACAAGCACCUCAGCAAUUUACGGAUACAGCGUUGUGCUGGGUAUUGGCGGAGGUUGCUACAUGAUUGCCGCCUUUGGUUGUAUCUCGGACGUUGUCGAGCCCAAGGAUGUAUUCAACUCCAUUGGUGUCGUCAGCCUCAUGCAGUGUAUUGGAAUUACCCUUUUCCCCGCUCUCUGCGGCAACGUAUUCCAGAACGUGGGUCGCCAGGCCAUCGUUCCGUACCUACCAUCCGACUCUACUGGCAACCCGCGUGUCAUUCUUGCCGGCUCGAGCAGCGCCGAGUGGAAGAGCUUCUCCACAGAUGUACAACUUCGGCUUGCAAACGCCAUUACCGACGUAAUGAGCAAUGUUUACAUCAUGACCAUGGUUGCCAGUGGUCUCUUGGUUCUUCUCUCACCCACCCUUGGUUUCCGCAAGGUGGGCGGUGGCCAAGUCGCAGCCAUGGCUUGA